AUGUCGGAUCAUUUGUCGAAGGCUGAAGAAUUCGAGAAGAAAGCUGAGAAGAAGCUCAGCGGUUGGGGCUUGUUUGGCUCCAAAUACGACGAUGCAGCCGAUCUCUUCGAUAAGGCCGCCAAUUCCUUCAAGCUCGCCAAAUCAUGGGACAAAGCUGGAGCGACAUAUUUAAAGCUGGCAAGUUGCCAUUUGAAGUUGGAAAGCAAGCAUGAAGCUGCACAGGCCCAUGUUGAUGCUGCACAUUGCUACAAGAAAACUAACAUAAAUGAGGCUGUAUCUUGCUUAGACCGUGCUGUAAAUCUUUUCUGUGACAUUGGAAGACUCUCGAUGGCUGCUAGAUAUUUAAAGGAAAUUGCUGAAUUGUACGAGGCUGAACAGAAUAUUGAGCAGGCUCUUGUUUACUAUGAAAAGUCAGCUGAUUUUUUUCAAAAUGAAGAGGUGACAACUACUGCGAACCAAUGCAAACAAAAAGUUGCUCAAUUUGCUGCUCAGUUAGAACAAUAUCAGAAGUCAAUUGAGAUUUACGAAGACAUAGCUCGACAAUCCCUCAACAACAAUUUAUUGAAGUACGGUGUUAAAGGACACUUGCUUAAUGCUGGCAUCUGCGAACUCUGUAAAGGGGAUGUUGUUGCUAUAACCAAUGCAUUAGAACGAUAUCAGGAAUUAGAUCCUACAUUUUCGGGGACACGUGAAUAUAGAUUGUUGGCGGAUAUUUCUGCUUCUAUUGAUGAAGAAGAUGUUGGGAGGUUUACUGAUGUUGUGAAAGAAUUUGAUAGCAUGACACCUCUGGAUUCUUGGAAGACCACACUUCUUUUGAGGGUGAAGGAAAAGCUGAAAGCCAAAGAACUUGAGGAGGAUGAUCUUACUUGA